AUGGCUCCGCUUGCUAGCUCAGGUUCGGCGGAGAAGAAGGCCCAGGAGCCAAAUACAGUUCGUUUUGCCGCGCAGAACCAGGAGAUCGAGCCACCACAGAACCUGCUAUCGUCCAGUGGUUCUCCAGAUACAAUUGUCAAGGGAAAUGCUGACCCUACACCUGCGGGCCCGGGUGGUGAAUUCGUACCAUUUGAUUCUGCGUUCCAGAAAUCCAGACUUCAGGAAACUAGGCUACACAACUUUGCAUUUGAUCCAGUUUCUCUGCCUGCUUCAAGGGUUCCUUCUCAAAAUUCAAGUAUCCGUGAUUUCAACAGAUCAAUAGCGAUAUCUCCUCCUCCAUCUCAACCCCAGUCUCCUGCCUUUGGGCCUAUUGACUUGCCGGAACACCCAAAAGAUGGACAUAACCGUGCAUUACUAGAGACUACAGAGAUGACACCCGAAGCCUCCUCAUCCAGUGAACGACCCUCCAAGCACUACAUCAGAAACCAGACCUCCUUUUCUUCAUCCCGGCCUUCCUCACCCUCUACAGCACCCUCAACACGUCCGGUUUCGGGCCACAGCAAUACACCUCCGCCAAAACUAUCAAAUUUAAACCGUGGAAAGUUUUUCGUCGGUCCCUCAGAAGAGAGCCCUCCAGGAACUCCUCGGUUUGAAGUCAAACGGCCUGCCUCUCCUCUCCUGGGAUCAGGCACAAUAACCCCUUUGGGGGACGAAAAUGACCCGUAUGCCCGGGACAAGAGACCUCCACAAACCAAAAACCUAGCGAAUCUUGAUCAGAGGUUCAUUUUUGGAGGAGUCGAUGCCAAACGUCGCCCACAUAAAUCACAUUCCACUACUUCAUUAUCAACGCACAACAUUCCACGCUCUGCCCAUUCAUCUGAAGCCAAGGAUCAUCACCAUCAUAAACAUCCCCACCUAUUCGGUGGCAAGAAAGAUCGACAUCAUGAUGAGAAAUUUGAUGCCAAACAUUCAGGCUCGAUGUCUGAACUAAGACGCUUUUUUAGAAUAGAUCGCAAGCAUAAACGUGGAGAAUCGCCAUCUUCCAUGAAGUCUUCCCGGUCCUCCAUUAAACAUGUUCCCUUCCAGUCUACUGCUCCUAGUGUGCCAUUUGCCGAUGACCAUGGCCUGCAAUCAAAAUAUGGAAAGCUAGGUAAAGUUUUGGGCGCAGGCGCUGGAGGCUCUGUCAGGCUGCUCAAACGUAGCUCAGAUGGAGUUACUUUUGCUGUUAAACAGUUCAGGGAAAAGCAUUCAUGGGAAUCAGAGAGGGAGUACGCGAAGAAAGUUACAGCGGAGUUUUGCAUUGGCUCUACCUUACACCACGGAAACAUCAUCGAGACCCUGGAUAUCAUUCGCGAGAACGGCAUCUGGUAUGAGGUUAUGGAAUUUGCCCCUUAUGAUCUUUUUGCCAUUGUUAUGACCGGGAAAAUGACAAGGGAAGAGAUUGCGUGCUCGUGGCUUCAGAUUGUGAACGGAGUCAGCUAUCUCCAUAGCAUGGGUUUGGCCCAUCGAGAUCUCAAGCUGGAUAAUGUCGUUGUCAAUGACAAAGGUAUUAUGAAGUUGAUAGAUUUCGGUAGCGCUGUAGUAUUUAGGUAUCCUUUCGAAACAGGGACCGUUCAAGCCACAGGUGUCGUUGGCUCAGACCCAUACUUGGCUCCUGAGGUCUAUGAUAAUAAAAAAUAUGACCCUUGUGCAGCAGACAUGUGGUCACUAGCAAUAAUAUUUUGCUGUAUGAUCCUUCGUCGAUUCCCAUGGAAACAGCCCAAGGAAGAGGAUAAUUCAUUCAAACUGUUCAUCGCCGAACCAUCUCCCAAUACCCCACCACCUGAAGAAUUUGGCAACCCUUCUAGAGGUCGGCCGAGAUCCGUGGCAGGAGAACCAACCAAUAGUUCCAUACCUAACGGAAACAAAGGUGACGGCCACCAUCAUCGACGUAGAUCAGAUCACAAAGAAUACCCCAAACAUGAGCAUGUCGCCAAUGACCCUAAGGACGAAGCUUCUGCGAAGGGGACAGCCAGCACAGAGAAACAGCAGGCAACAGGCCAACGUCAAGAACCUAUCAAAGGACCUUGGCGGCUAUUGCGAGUUCUACCUAGGGAAUCCCGUCUACUUAUCAGUCGUUUACUGAAGCUCGACCCUAAGGAAAGAGCCACCUUACAGGAUGUAUUGGACAACGAGUGGGUAAGGAGCUGUGAGGUCUGUAGGCAGGAAGAAUCCGGCCAGACUAUCAAUGCCCCCGGACAUACCCACAUAUUAGAGCCUCCCACACCCCCACCCGCAAAAAAAUAA